AUGGUCCACCCGGCCCAUAAGACUAGCCAUAAAUACACUAACCUACCAACAAGUACUAGUACUAGCAAAACAACGACGGUACAAAUCUACACCGAUGGCUCCAAAACAGACAAUGGCGUGGGAGCUGCAUUCUGUGUUUACCACAACAACCAACAUACAGAUACAUACAAAUUUACGUUAAAACAAGAAAACACAGUGUUUCAAGCAGAGGUUUUAGCCAUCAAAGAAGCCAUCAAUUGGUUAGAGACACACAGCUGCAAAGAUGCAACAAUUUUCACAGACAGUCUGGCUAGUAUACACGCUAUUAGAAAAACGAAACAAAAAGACCCACACGUGGCAACAACACAAAGACAACUAGAACACCUAGUCAGAAAAUGCAACACACAAAUACACUGGGUGGCAGCGCACACAGGUAACAUAGGCAAUGAAGCAGCGGAUUUAGCGGCUAAAGACGCAGCAGCAGGUCACGGGAUUCCCAGCGGUGUUCUGCUUCCACCAUCGAGCCUGAGAAAUAAACUUAAAAACAUCACACAAAAACUUUGGCAAGCAUACUGGGACGAAAAUGAAAAAGGCUAUACAACAAAAUCAUAUUAUCCUAAAGUAGACACAGACCGACUCAUAGGCCAUCCAGCAGCAAUACAAUUCCUUACAGGACAUGGCUUCUUCCCCUCAUUCUUACACAGGAUGCAGCGAAUAAACACAGACACAUGCCCAUGCGAUGACACAGUUGAUUCGUCUCCGAAUAAUGAAGAAUUAUCCGCAGAAAUGGGUUUUUCGGGUGCACUGAAAAUUACUGUGUACGCAACACCUGUGGAUUCCGAAAUGUACCUGGUUGCUAGAAUCGUCUGUGCUGUUGAUGAUAUCCAACAGAAUCCAGGUGUAUUUGAGCGAGUCCACCAAUCCAUGGCCUGA